AUGCAUCUUUUAUCCACAUCAUCAACGCUUAAUCAAGUACUCACAAAUCAAGUUAUACCACUUCGUCGUCAACUAACCAAGUUAUUUAAAAAACAUCCAACGGAUCUCCAACGUCAAAAUGCUUUUCGACGAGAUGCGGAAAGAGAAUUUGUCAAAGCGUUCACACUAUCCAUACCUACAGCAUUGGAAAAACGUGUCUUUCAUGAAAAACAAGUCAUCGAAUCGAUUCGUCGUCAAUUGCAACAAGAUAAUUUGAUUCUUCGACGUACUUGUGAUGAAUACAAUACCUAUUAUCUUAGUGAUCGCGUUGAAUUUCAAAUGAAAUGUCUUGAAUAUAUGGACGAUCAUACACAAUGUUUUUUUAAAAUCUAUGGUAUGGAUGAAAGCAUUUCCGAAGCACAACAUCUCAUUGAAAUGAUCAAAUCAAUCAAUUCGACAUUGAAUCAACUAGAAUUGAAAUAUAUCAUCGGAAUGGAUUAUCUGAAUAAAUUUAAAAUUCGUGAUAGUACACCUCUGCAAUUACCAUAUCUUUACUUUCUACCUGAACCCAAUCUCGAACUAUCUGUACAACCACGAUUCUCAACAUGGAAUAAUUCUCCGAUCUAUCCACUGGCAACUUUUCUCAAUCAAAUCCUACGACCCUUAUUUGAUAAAUACAUGAAAGAUACUCGUUUGAUUGAUGGUACGGAUCUCAUCGAAAAACUACAACACUUCACUUUGAACAAAAGAUCGUUUACACCAGAUACACGUUUCGUUAUUUAUGAAUUGCAUCACUUAUUUCUUCGAAUCACACAUGAUGAUCUGCUUGGUAUAUUGAAACGUAUUUUAACUCGUGAUUUGGCAGGAAAACGUUACAAUGGAUUGAAACAAGAUGGUAUUGUUGAAUUAGUUCGUGUGGUUUUAUCUCAUCUUGCAUUUACAUAUGAUGGAAAAUUGUAUCAAUUCAGUCGAGGUGGUCCAACAAAUUUACCUCUGAUCGAAUCAUUGAUCGAUAUCUAUCUACAGUAUUGGCAAUUGGGUUUCUAUCGUCAUACAGAUCGUUAUCGACAGUUUUAUGCCCGAUAUCGUCAUACGGGUAUUUUCACAUGGAAUAAUUCAGACAAUGAACUAGCUGGAUAUGUUCUCGAACUCAAUGAACAAUAUCCUGACAUGCCAUUGACGUUGUCCAGUGGUUUACAUGUUCGAUUUUUGGAUGUUUACAUUGAAAAUCUUCAGGGUCGUUUACUUUCAACUGUUCAUCGUGAUCGAAGGAGACAACAAUACUUCUUAUUGCCUUACUCUGCAAAGCAUCCACGAUUGACUCAUCGACAAUGGUUUCGUUUCGCACUGACACGUGCUGUUCAAUACUGUUCUUUUGCAGCAGAUUUCCAACACGAACGUUUAGAAAUCGAAUUAACAUUCUUAGCCAAUGGUUACUCUUUGAAAUAUGUGCAAUAUCUCUUGCAACAAUUCCUUCGACGACAUCCUACACCUAAGGAUUCGUUCUUAUUCAAUAAGUCUUCCUACGAUACAUUUCGUCAUGAUAUAUUUCGAUAUUACAAUGCACGACAGUUACAAUCAGUGGACGAUGGCAAUCUUGUUCAAUUGCAAUAUCUGUUCGACUGGGGUAAACGUCAUGAAUUCAAUCAGAAGUUCUAUCAACUUUGGUCCACACACAUUAAUGCUGAUCCAAAUUUUCAAAAACUGAAUUUAAAAAUUAUUCUUACUACUAAACAUUGCUAUUUAUCCAAUACUCUUUUGUCUCGAUAG